UAGUAAAAUUAUUCCUAAAUAUAUUAUUGCUAUAAUCUGGCCUUUUGGUUUUAGAAGUGGUCUGCUGAAGUGCGUUCUGAAAGAUAGUACCAAGAAUCUGCACAAGAAACAUAAUUCGUAAAUGUUGUAAAGUCCAAAUGAUUACACUAAGCAGAUUAAACCGUGGAGACGAAAUUUUAUAAUUUUUGGUGCUUUUCCUCUUUAUCAUAUUUUUCAUUGUUUAUUUACAUUCGACUAGUUUUGGUUGGUGUAUUGUUUUUAUGUAAUGUAAUGUUUCAUUAUUAUGUAAAUAACUAUUUGAAAAUUUAAUUAAAGAUAUUCCUAUUUUGAUUACGUACUAAUUAUCAGCACCGUAAGCUACUGAAGUUUUAGAAUUAAAGCUGUUAAAAUAAUUUUUACUAUGUCAUCUCUACGACCAGUUCCGAAAUUUACAAUAUUAGAUAAACCAUUGAGUAGAGCAAGAUCUGAGAUAAAUAUUAGUACAUUUGCUCUUUUAUUUUCUGAGAUGGUUCAAUAUUGUCAAAACAGAGUCUUAUCUGUACCAGAAUUGCAGACUAAGUUGUCUGAAAUGGGCUAUCAUGUUGGGCAGAGAAUGGUUGAUACCUUAUUUGUGCGUGAAAGAAAUUUCAAAAGAGAAACAAAGCUUUUAAAUAUUUUAAUAUUUAUCAAGACUACUUUGUGGAAAACUCUAUUUGGUAAAGAAGCUGACAAACUGGAACAUGCCAAUGAUGAUAAGAAAACAUAUUUCAUCAUCGAAAAAGAUCCACUGGUCAACAAAUUUAUAUCCAUUCCUAAAGAUAAAGGAACUUUAAACUGUGCUGCUUUCAUUGCUGGAAUUAUUGAAGCAACUCUUGUGUGUUGUAAUUUUCCAGCAAAAGUUACUGUCCAUUGGCAUAAAGGAACAACUUUCAAAAUCCUAUUUGAUGAGAGUGUUGUUGCGCGUGAACCAACUUUGGAAGGGAAAUAACUUAUUAGUAUUGAAUCUGUAAAUUGUUUUGUGAAAUUUGUGUUGAUAAAUUGUGUCAAAUAAAUGUUUAAUAAAUCUA